AAUCAAAAUCACGUCGGCAUGCUGCCAGAUGCGAUGAAGUUGAGCCUGGGUAAAUCAAUUAAUGAUAUUCGUCUGCUGAAUCGACGGCUUAAGGCGCGAGAAGAGCUGGUUUUAUUACUUCUUAGCCAGGCGCAAGCAGUACAACUCAGGCUACAGACGAUGCAGCAAUAUCAAGAGGAAGUGCUCAGCCUCUCAGAGAUCGCAACACGAACCACAAAGACAGGCCUUGUUGCCGCUGGAAACGGCAGCGUUAGUUCUACUACUGCCAUUUCAACUGGCCGGUCCGCUGGUCAUCGGCAAUUGUUGCUCUGCUUGGCAGCCGAAAACAAGCAGGUGGAACAAUUGCGUCUUGAGAACAGUACAUUGCGUAAUUCACUUGAAGAGCAUCAAGCCGUUCUUGAGAUGAUAAUGGCUAAAUAUCGUAGCCAAGUUUCCAAGUGCCGUAACAUUUGUGGGCGAUAA